ACUUUCCAGUCACUUUCUCCGCGAAAGGAGCCGCUUCUCUUUUGAACGGCGAAUCCUUUCCACCCCGAUACUCAUUUUUCUUGCUUGGAAUUCGAGCUCCAUUUGAAAUUCAACAUGCAGUCAUUGGCCUACGAUUCCCACAGUCCUUAGUGGCACGGACGUUUUCACGCAGGGGCCGACGGGAGGUGAGCUUCUGAUUGGCGGCUACGAGUCCCGGCAUCCAUCGCGGUCGGAGCUCCUGAAGGGAACAUGGGCGAGGAAGAGGAGAAGCGGCCGCCGGUGCUGCAGAUGGUACGAGCUGAAGGGUCAGAUAAGAGCUGUGUCACAUUUGUGCUGCACAAUGAGGACCAUACCCUUGGCAACUCCCUUCGGUACAUGAUCAUGAAAGACCCUGAUGUGGAUUUCUGCGGUUACAGCAUCACUCAUCCUUCUGAAAGCAAAAUCAACUUCCGCAUCCAGACCAAAGGAGGUCUGUCUGCGGUCGAGACAUUCCAGAAAGGGCUGGAGGAACUCAUGGGUGUCUGCCAGCAUGUGCUUAGCACAUUUGAGGCAAGUGUGGAUGAGUACAAGGCCAAGCUGGAUGUAAACAUGGUGUAACUGUACCAGUGCCAAUGUGAUGGGCAUCUCUGUAUAUAAUGACUGGAUUGGGAGUGUGUCUUGUGUGAAGGACAUUUAUUUAUGGAUUUAAAUGCAUUUUUCUAAUAAAUGAUGGGUUAUGAAAUCCUUAUGCUCA